GCACAUACGCUGACUUCUCAAAAUCCCUACAAGUUUUCAAAAUAUUCAACUUUAGAAUAUAAUAAAUAAAUUCUUUUAAAAUAGUUUCUGCUAGUUUCAAUCAUCUGCAUCAAAAACUCAACUUUCCUGUUCAUGCCUCAGCUUGUUAUCUAACUCAAGAAGAUUUGAAGGAACUGAUUCGGUUUAGAUAUGUGAUGUCACUCCUGUUGUUAACCAAAAAAUGGGCACACGCACACCUUUGUUCCGUGAUUUUAAAAAGCAAGCUUCUUUCUUCCUCAAGGAAAAAUUCAAGACUGCUAGCCAAAGAAACCAUCUGUAAUACAUAGCUUUUGUGGUCUUCUCCUAUUUGUAGCAUGACAGAAGAAGUUACCAAAGGAAAUCCAUGGGCCCCAGAUUCUCCAACACUUAGAUCAAUUUCAAGGGCUGCUUUUGAGCUUGAUGAUUAUUGGAGGAUUGUAGAGAUUCUGCACAAAAGACUCCUUAAAUUUGAGAAGAAGAAUUGGAGGGCAUCUUACAAUUCUCUGAUUGUGGUGGAGCACCUGUUGACUCAUGGACCAGAAAGUGUUGCAGAGGAAUUUCAGAGUGACAAAGAUGUAAUUAGUCAGAUGAAAGAUUUCCACUUUACUGAUGCGAGUGGGUUCAAUUGGGGUGUAACUGUUAGAAAAAAAUCAGAACGGAUUUUGAAACUCAUGGAAGAAGGAACUCUCCUUAAGGAAGAAAGAAACCGUGCUCGGAAUUUGUCCAGAGGAAUUCAAGGUUUUGGAAGUUUCAGUCAAAGGUCAACUCAUGCACAAGGAGUUCUGCAUGAAAAAUCAUUGCCAGCCACAUUUGACAGAUCUAACUCUGACUUCAACAACAAUCACAGCCAGGAAAACCAGUCAUUUGGCUCAAACCAUUUUCUGCAAACAGCAGCAGUUAAAUCUCGUACUCCUAGUCAUGAGGGAGGAGUUUUCAAGUCUCACGAUGAUUGUGUAGAGCCAGAGAGCUACUUGGAUGAUCAUGGAAACGCUCAAAUGCAUCAGAAAUCUGAGACAACUAGCAAGGAGGAAUUCCAUCUAUGGAACUUGAAAGGGGAAUCCAAUCCACUUUUAGAUGGUAACCAAGAGAAUGGUAUAUUUACAGCCGAAGAUGAUCACCCCUUUAACUCCAAAGAAAUGCAUUCCACUUCUUCCCUUCUUCCUUCUGUAUGAAGUUAAACAUUAGAAUGAAGGUAACAAGUUUUCCACCAGAAGAAAAGGCAAAAUGUUUGUAGAUUUGGAACUAGAAGAAGGCAUAUUGGAAUGAUGAACGAGUAUAAAUAAAGCAGAGACCUGAUUGCUGCAGAUUCUGAUUUAGAGCUGUCACAUACGCCCGACAAAACAUAUCCUAUCUCUUUAGCUUUUACCUGGCCUAGCUAGCCAUGGCUUAUUUUAAUGGCAGCUUAUUCAUCACUGUGAGCCAUAGAUUUAUAUGUUACAAACAUAAAGAUCCAAACAAUUUGCUCAUAUUUUCUGCUACAUGCAGAUUAGAUGCAAGCAAGUCUAGGGAUGUGACAUGAUUUUUAUAGCGGGUAUGUAGUGAGGGCACAACCAUAAAACAACUAACGUUAAAUUUGGAAA